GGACUGGUCAGAGCGCACCUGUAAACAUCUUCUUUUAACAGGAGCAAUCAAGCGGUCAUGCUGUAUGCCAAACGCAAUAUUAGCGGAGAGCAUCCGCGCACCCGAUUUAUUUAAUUGUAGCCCGUCCAUUCCGAAAACAUGCCUCCUUCCCCAGAAAGCAUCAAAGUUGUCAAUGAAACCUACACCGUGGGAGCGGCAGACCUGUGAGAGCCAGGUGUUAAGACUGAGCAGUCCGCUGAAGCUCUCCACUCCGCGGCCACAGGUGGGAGUUGGUCCGGAGAUGUAAACACCGAAGUGUGAUUCUUUCACAUGCUCAAAAAGCAGUCGACUCCCUUGACACUGCAACCUGUUAACAAGCAUCAUGGUGAACUGCUGUGGUCUGCUUACUGCACAAAAGGAACCAGUUCCUUUGAAGAGUGUGGAUGUGGAGCUGGAGGUGAGGGACCAUGUGGCUACUGUUGUCUCCACUCUGAACUACGAGAACAAGGAAGACAAACCACUAGAGGCUGUUUUUGUGUUCCCUCUGCCUGGAGAUGCUGCUGUCUGUCAUUUUAGCGCUAAGCUCAGACAGACGCAGAUUGUUGCUGAGGUCAAAGAGAAACAGAAGGCGCGUGAGGACUAUGAUGAUGCUUUGAGCUCGGGUCAACAGGCCUUCCUGUUGGAGGAGAGUGAGCAAAGUCCAGAUAUAUUCUCUAUGAGUGUGGGCUGUCUUCCACCAGGAGAGAGUGCCUCAAUCAGACUGGAGUAUGUCACUGAGCUAAGUGUGCAGGCUGAUGAUGGGCUGAGGUUCUGUCUUCCUGCUGUGCUCAACCCUCGUUACCAACCUCAAGGAAGUGGAGGUAGUGGAAGUGGCAACGCCCAAGUAACCUCAACUCCAGCAUCUUUGGUGCCCUACACUCUGACUUUCUCUGCCCAAGUUUCCUCUCCUCGCCCUGUGUCCAGAAUAGAGUCCAGCUGUUCCCUUGAUCCUCUUCAGUACCUCAAUUCAGAGCAAACCAAAGCCACGAUCAAGUUGGCUGCUGGACACAAGUUUGACAGGGAUGUUGAACUUCUGAUUUAUUACAAAGAUGCCCACCAGCCCACCGCUGUGGUGGAGACAGGAGAAGCUACUGCAAAGCUUGGCACUCUGAUGGGUGAUCCAGUGGUGAUGCUGAGUCUGUACCCAGAGUUCCCUCAGGCUGUGAUGUCUUCAGUCGCCUCAUGUGGAGAGUUUGUGUUCUUGCUGGAUCGAUCUAUUAGUAUGGGUGGACGUAUGAACAACAGCAAGACUGACCAGACUCGCAUUAGCAGCGCCAGGGAUACUCUUCUUCUCCUGUUGAAGAGCUUACCAAUGGGCUGCUAUUUCAAUAUCUACAGUUUUGGUUCCUCCUAUGAACACAUCUUCCCUAAGAGUGUGGAGUACAGCCAGCAGACUAUGGAAGAAGCUUUGAAGAAAGUUGGGGAGAUGGAGUCUAAUCUGGGAGGAACAGAGAUCCUAAGGCCACUUGAACACAUUUACAACCAGCCCUGCAUUCAAAAUCAACCAAGACAAGUAUUUGUCUUUACUGACGGAGAAGUGGGGAACACCAAACAAGUUAUAGACCUGGCAAAGAAGAAUUCACAUGCCCACAGAUGUUUCUCUUUUGGGAUUGGAGAAGGGGCCAGCUCUGCUCUAAUCAAUGGGCUGGCCAAGGAAGGAGGAGGUCAUGCUCAGUUCAUUACAGGGACUGACAGAAUGCAACCCAAAGUGAUGCAAUCCUUGCGAUAUGCUCUGCAACCAGCUGUGGUGGACAUCUCAGUCACAUGGGAUAUGCCAAAGGAUGUGUCUGUCACUGUCCUCUCUCCACCAAUCACAGCACUUUUCCAGGGUCAAAGGUCGCUGGUUUAUGCUAGACUCUCUGGACAGAUUUCAGAGGCAGCAGAGGGAGGUGUUACAGUGAAAUACAGCCUGGCAGGUCAUCCCUCACAGAACCAGCUUCAGUUCAGUCUGAAACCUGCAGAGAAUACUGGAUUAACAGUCCACAGGUUGGCUGCUAGGACUCUGAUUCGCUGCCUGGAGAUGGAGGAGAGAGAGCCCGGACAACAGCAGGACGACAGUGUGAGGAAGAAGGUGGUGGAGCUCAGUGUGCAAUCUGGAGUGAGCAGUGCCUUCACUGCCUUUAUCGCUGUCAACAAAGACAGUGGAGAGGCAAUACAGGGACCACUGGUGCGAAGAAAUGUUCCAACGGCCAGGUUGAAUUCCCUUUCAAUGUCCAAUUCUUUGUCUUCAUAUUCAGCUGAGCCCCAUGGUCGAAAAAUUAGCGAAUGUUGUGAUUUAAUGUCAUCUGGUCCCGACUCCGUAGAAAGGGAUGGUAUGGAUCCAGCAGAGUCAACAUGGAAAUCUUUUAUUGGAGGGUUGUUUGGUUUCAAGGCAAAGAAGACGGUGAAGUUGUCAGGAACUAGGCCAUUUGAUUCUGGAGAGUGCAGGCCCUGUCAGCCCCCCAUAGACCCUUUGCUCCAGGUGGUCUCCCUUCAGAAGGCGUCUGGCUGCUGGGACCUAGCUCCAGCUCUGGCUACAGCUCUUGGAAAGACCAGUGAAGAGAUGGAAAAGCCAAAGCCUGCAUCGGUGAACCAGGAAGUAUGGGCCACCAUUCUGUCUCUUAUCUGGCUUCAUGGUUUCAAGAUGGACUCCCAGGAAGAGUGGGAGCUUCUGGCUGUGAAAGCUGUGUCAUGGGUCCGUGCACAGAACUCACCAUGUGUGAACGAGUGCGUGGAAGCUGGAAAUGCACUUUUGGGAUGUAAAGUACAGAAAGAUGCCUUGGGGCUCUGAGGUUUUCAAAACUGGCUUCAAGACUGACGCUGAUAAGGAAUUAAGUCAUGUCACACUUGCAAACAAACCAAUUCUGCAGCUUGCACUUAAUCAAAAUCGCACUAUGACAGCUGUGCACCUAUAAGUACAAUGUGCACUAUAUCACUUAAUUUACAAGGGGUCAGGAUCUUCUUCUUGCUUGGUCAAAUUUUCUGCUUUUAGAGUUUCUGGGAAGUCAGACUUGUCAUACAUCAAUUAACCCAAAAAAUCAAAGACUAAGUGAAUGAGCAAAUAAAGGCUUCAGGCCUUCCCCAGCCCCCUGUCCUCCAUCCAUCACUCUUUCUUUUCCUUACAAAACCAACAAAAAGACACUGCUUUUCAGAGCUGCAAGCUCUACAACUCCUAGUUACCAUUAUUUGAAUGGAAAUGGAAACAGAAGUUGAUCAGCUCUAGACUAAUACAAGGUACAUUGUUGAACUUCAGCUUAUUGGAUGGAAUGCCGUUAAACAAGAUGGAAAAAGCAACUGACGUAUUUUAUUCAACUUUGUUUCUCUGUUGUGAACAGCGACCUAACAAUGCAUGAACUGUAAACUUGUAUACAUGUUUUAGUGAAAAGUGACAUUGAAAAUAAAGGAUGAGAAAAAGG